AUGACGGCGACUGUCGGUGUGCUCGCGUUACAAGGCUCCUAUAACGAGCAUCUUGCAGGCGAGCCUCAUGAAUCUGUGAUCCUCUUGUUGAAAUCUUUACUCCGUCGUCUCCCUUUCUUUUGUUUUACUUCAAUUGCCUCCACAGUGCUGCGGAGGUUGGGGGUGAAAGGGGUGCAAGUGCGGAAGCCCGAGCAUCUGAACGAUUUGGGCGCGCUCAUCAUUCCCGGAGGAGAGAGUACCACCAUGGCCAAGCUCGCCGAGUACCACAACCUGGUCCGUACCGCUGCUACUCAAUUCUCCUACCCUCUGUUACCGUACUUGCUUGAUUGCGCGACUAGUGCCCCCGGGUGCACUGCCGCUAACCGCUACUUUCUCGUCGCUAGAUAGGAGAACCUCGGCUUUUGUCUCCCGUGUAUUCAUUUCUCCACUCUGUUUGCGGUAGGCGCGAAAUUCUGCCACUUUGUCCGUUCCUGAAUAUGAGGUAUAUUUUUUCAUGACAGGGGCCAUUAUUUUCUAUUCCUGUUUUUCAUCGGCGAUGUCUUUCUUCGAGAAUCACCGGGCAGCAAAAACAUGCAGUUUGUUCGAGAAUAACCAGACUUAAAAACAGAGGGGUUUCCCACGUCUUGACUCACUCUUUCGUCAGGGGAAUGGAAUGGAGGGGUGCCCGACGUUCGUUCUAUGAUGGAAAAACCGUCGGAUGUUCAGUCUAGUUCCUGAUCCAUCGCUGAUGACAAAAAAGAUGGAUGGACAUGUGAAAACACUGACCAGUCUCCCUCCAUCACUAAACUUCGUUGUCUGCGAAGACUAUCAAAUACCUUAGGUUUUCAAAAACUACCCAUAUGCAAGGCGCCGUCUUAACAAGAGCGAAAGUUUUGAGAGAAAGAUUCUCUCUCCUGCACGCUUCUCUGUAGAAUUCUAUGCUCAAUUCUCGAAGAGAGAAGCAUUUUUCUUUUUAUGCAAACCGAACCCAAAUAGGUUUCUGUGACUAAUCUGCUCGCAGAUGUGCCAUCUUCUUACGGGAACACAGUACAGCAUCAUCUUUUAACCGCAUUUUCGGCCGUUGGUAGUGGCAUCAGGCAUCAGGCAUCCUGCAGCAUCUAUUAUCUGGGAUCUAAAUUGCCAUUUUUCAUUAUCGUAGCUACAAAUCUUUCUAAAGACGAGGAAUAGAGUUUCCAGUUCAAGAAGUACUCUUGUGUCAUAGAAUGAAGAAAAUUGCACGGAUGGGAAGUGUCACAGCUUAAAACACGAGACUAGUUUCUGAAAACCGGUGUGUGUUUGCAGUUUCCGGCGCUGCGUGACUUUGUCAGGACUGGAAAGCCUGUCUGGGGCACUUGUGCAGGACUUAUCUUCCUGGCAAACAAGGCCGUUGGUGAGCAGACAUACGUACUAAAGAUGUGCGGUGAAAUUGUUUCCAAAUGAAGAUUAAAGUCGAUGAUCUUGUGUCUCAGGGCAAAAAUCAGGAGGGCAAGAGCUUAUCGGCGGCCUGGACUGCACUGUCCAUCGGAACUUCUUUGGUAGUCAGGUAACGGUGGGAUAUGAUCAUUUGGUUGACAGCGAAUUCCAGGUAUCGAGGCGCUCGUGAUUCUGAACGAACGCACGGCUUAUAAUUGCGUUGUAUUCUCGCUACUCCGACCGUGAUUUUAGGAAAUAUUGGGGCGCUUGACUUUUUUUUUUGUGGGCUGUUGAAUUCUUGCAGCUUGAGAGCUUUGAGACACAGAUUUCCGUUCCCGAGCUCGCAGCUAAGGAAGGCGGUCCUCCCUGUUUCCGUGCAGUAUUCAUUCGUGCGCCAGCUAUCUUAGAAGCUGGGCCUGAUGUCGAAAUUCUAGCCAGCUAUUCUUUUCCAAUCGGUAAACCUACAAUUGAAGAAGCAGCUCUCCAAGAGGUUUUGCCUAUCCCUAUUGUUUUUUUGUACAUUAGCUGGCAGUUGCUUUAUCAAAUAGGGAUGUUGAAAUUUUUUUCAGCGCGCCUCGGGGCCAUCAUAAAACGUUAAACAUUCAGUUCAACGCAUUUACCGCACCUUGUAUUUUGGUUUGCGUCGACAUAACAGCAUUUUUUACGGAUUACCCUUGUGUGAAACUGUUGGUCUGCACGUGGAUAGUUUUAUAUCCUAUCUUCCUAAUGGGCUUGAUAUCCAUCGUCGAUUGCGAGAAAGGAGCCUGUUUAGCCCGUCAAGGGGGGAUCGACAUUGCUCUAAAGUAAUUAUCUGGAUAUGAGUUUACAUAGUCUUGAAGUUUGUUGUUCUAAAGCUUGUGCUAUUUCUUCUUCGUCUUCUUCAAGGUUUUGUAAAAACUGAGGGAAAGCGUUAAGCGAAUGGCCCUGCAUUUUGCUCUUAGCCUGUAUUAAAAACACGAAGGCACAUUUAUGAGUCCAUGUAAGAAUCUUCUUCUUCCCGAGGUUCUUUUCCUCAGCUAUGUUGAUUGUUAUCUCACAUUCCGAACAAAGUUUCAAAUCCAAGACGACAGUUCCUUCCCAUCCCAGUGAGCAUUAAAAACAAUGGGCAAUCCACGGAUCCUAACUGAAUCUAGCAGACUCUUUAUGCCCGAAUUGGGUUUUCAGAUGAAGGCGAGGAUGAUCGAUCUUUUUUCUUUUAUACACUGUUUCAAGGGUAAAAGUUCCGAACUGGGCCGUGGUAAUUUGGACUGCGCUGUCGCAAUCCCUCCCCAGAAAACAAAUGUUUGAACGAUUUGGUCUCCCGAAAUCCUUUUUCGCCUUUUCUUUUUCUUCUGGGACUGCACAAAUUUGAAGUCGAUUUGAUUUCUUAAAGCCCAACGCGAUUUGGCCAAGAAUAUUCCUCCGUCCCGAGGAGGCAGACACCCUCUCGCAGCUAUCCCACUUCAAUGCUUCUCUCACUAGCAUCCGGGAGGAAGCUUGAGGAAUCGCCGUCAGAACCUUCGACAGGCUAUUGUCUUGGGGUAAACUUCAUGCGGAUUCACGUUUGUCCCAUCCAUACUGUUUGAGUUGACCAGAGACGCCAACCUAGGGCGCAAUUAGAAAUCUCGUGGCUUAGCAAAUUUCUUGGCAACAGAAUGGUAAAUUUUGAAACCCUCCUGUUGACUCUUCGAAUAGCUGCUUGUUUUCUGUUCGGUCUUGUACACACAAGAAGCAACAUGCUUUUGAUCGCCUGCGUAUCGCUUUUGAUUUCACCUUGUGAAGUUCUUUCUAUCAUGGGAACGCCUCUGGAAAGUUCCUUCUCAUAAACUAGGUUGGCCCUUUUUCCCUCGAGGUGGCGGUGGGCUCCUAUAGAACAGUUUUUUUUUUUUUUUUCAGCAGCCGAAAGUAUUUCUUUCCUUGAUGGAGUAGAAAUGAACCUUCCAUCGCCCUGUAAGAUUCCAGGUGACUGCCCCGAAAGCUAGACGAGGCUAAUGUGAACCUCCUAGAAGAACGACAUUCGAAUCGCGAGAAUGGGAGCGUAUCCCGUGGCCGCUUUACUUCCAUUAACCGUCUAAAGUUGAGCGACGCCUUCGGUGUUUUUCUGUAUUCGUCUUCCUUUCCUGGUGGAUUGGGGGUGUUGAGCGUGUGCAUUCACGGUUUCCAAUCUAUAGUUCUCUCUAUGAAUGAUGGAUGAUGGGUGCGCCCCGCCACUGUUUGACAGGGUAAGGUGAUUGUCGCCGUGAGGCAGGCCAACUUGUUGGGCACGGCCUUCCACCCCGAACUGACGGCAGACGUACGAUGGUGGGGCACCCUUCCCCUCUUUUAUUCUGCGAUAAGCACAAUUGUUCUCGGCUACGCAUUGUUCACAUCGGCUGCUCGUCUUGCAGGCACAGGUUCUUCUUGAAGAUGGGGAAGUGGACCGAAGAAGAGGCCUCCACGUCCGCGCUAGGGCCAGAUGUCCAGAGAAGAGAUCGUAUUGAUCUCCCCAUAUUUGAAUAG